UUCUUUCAUUUUAUCACCUUUCACAUAUUCUUGCGUCAAAAACUUUUGGAUUUUAUUACGUAUAUUACAAUCGCUACAUCUAUAAUUUUUUUGAAACACUAAUUUAUCAUAUUAUAUACGUUUCACUUGACAAAUUGUAAGCGAUACAAAAUAACAAAAAGUCAAGAGUUGUCACUUUCGGAAAAGUAUUUUCACACUCUUCACUGAACGCUGUCUCCUGUCAAACUGACAAGCAGGCUUCGUGUAAAGAAUGAUUAUUGAUUGGACACGAGCAUGCGCUCUUCUUAGGACAAUGUUAUGGACGGGUCCCAUUACAAAAACAUUCUCAAAAGCUGGCGCAAGCGCCAGCUUUUUAUGCAUGUCUCUAGCUACAGCUAAGCAAAACCUUAGAUGGUCAUGGCAGUAACGUACUGGUCGUCUUUGCGAAACGAUCAUGAGCGAUCCGAAACGCGUAACAGAUAACGAAAACAUCAAUGACUACAAUAUACAAUUCAAUCGAUGGUCUCUCAUAUCGCUAGGUGCUUGGCCACAAAUAAGCGCGCCGAACAGAAUGAAAAAACUCGCGGUAUUAAUGCAAAUCUUCAUUUAUUGGACCGCGAUGACGAUCGUUAUGAUACCGUUCAUGUUGUACAUGUUGUUCGAGAAAAAAGACUUUAAGACUAAAUUAAAAAACCUUAUUCCGCUGAUUAACAGAAUCAUGGGAUCCAUAAAUUACUGGAUAUUACUUUCGCGUAACAAAGACAUUAAACGUUGCAUACAGCAUAUGGAAGCGGAUUGGAAACUCAUUCAGAGAAACGUUGACCGUGAAGUGAUGAUGCAAUAUGCCAAGAUCGGUCGCUUCAUAACCACAUUAUUCGCGAUGUUUAUACAUAGUAGUACGUACAUCUUUAACGUGGUCAAGGCGAUGGAAACAACGACCGUUAUCGUCGACAACAAAACUAUUACGAUACAUCCGUUGACAUGUCCAGCGUACAGCAAGAUACUUGACGUGAGACCUAGCCCCGCGUACGAGAUCAUGAGGGGUGUGCAAUUCUUUUUGGCGUUUGUAAUAGCUUCCUCUACAGCAACUGUUUGCGGUCUCGCUGCCGUCUUCGCGAUGCAUGCUUGCGGUCAACUAAAUGUAAUGCAUACGUGGUUAAACGAGCUCGCGGAGGAGAAGAAAAAUCAUUUAGCAAACAAAAAACUUGCAGCCGUCGUGAAACACCAUUGGAGAGUCCUCGGUUUUGUACAACAAAUAGAGAGUAUUAUGCAUAAAGCCUGUCUAGGAGAAGUGAUGGGAUGUACGAUUUGUAUGUGUUUAUUUGGAUAUUACAUUAUUAUGACCUGGAAUGCGUUCAAUUUGGUAAAAAUAUUUUCAUAUUUUUUUGGAUACAUAACAAUGAGUUUCAAUAUAUUUGUAUUUUGUUACAUCGGUGAAAUCCUUACAGAAGAGUGUAAAAAAGUUGGAGAAAUAGUAUAUAUGACUAAUUGGUAUAAACUGCCUCACAAAACAGCGCUUGGUCUCAUUUUGAUAAUCAUGCAAUCGAGUCACAUUAUCAAGAUAACUGCGGGAAAACUAGUUACGUUAUCCAUAGCAACCUUUGGUGACAUAAUGAAAACUUCCACAGCAUAUAUGAAUAUCUUACGAACGAUGGCAACAUAAAACGUAGAAACUCAGAAAGUUAUGAAACACAUGUAUGGAAUAUCUUACAAAUGUUAAAUAGAGAAUAAAUGUUA